UCCCUCCCGGUCGCAGGCUCCGAGCUUCCACCAUGGGCUGCUGUGACUUGAAGUGCUGGCUCAUCGCGGGCACCGUCGUGGGGGCCAUCGCCUGCCUCGCCGGGCUUAUCCUCAUCCCCGUGGGCAACGUGGUCAUUGAGGGCACUGUCAAAAAGGAAGCAGUGCUGCAACCGGGCACCACGGCCUAUAAGAACUGGAUAUCGGCCGGAGCGCCGCUCUACAGGCAGAUGUGGCUGUUCGACGUGCAGAACCCCGAGGAGGUCGUGAGAAACGGCAGCGUCCCCGUACUUAAGCAGAGAGGACCGUACACGUACAGGACACGUUACAUUCCCAAAGAAAAUGUCACAUUCAAUGACAACUACACUGUGAGCUUCCUGUUGCCAGCAGGAGCCAUCUUUGAGCCGUCCAUGUCAGUGGGGACAGAGGAAGACAUAGUGACUUCACUGAACCUGGCUGUGGCAGGCGCCUACAAUCUUAUAGAUCAUAAGCUGGCUAACAUGCUCAUUCAACUGAGCAAGUCCACCCUGUUCCAGAGCAGGACCGUCAGGGAGAUGCUGUGGGGUUAUAGAGACCCCAUGCUGAAAAGCAUCAUGGGACUCUUUUAUCCAUACAACAACACGUUUGAUGGGCCUUACAAUGUGUUCACGGGCCAAGACGACACCAACAAAGUGUCUGUGAUUGAUAACUGGCAGAACCGUCCGUCCGUGCUGUACUGGAACGACACUUACUGUAACAUGAUCAACGGCACAGAUGGCUCAUCCUUCUCUCCAUUUCUGGACAAGAAGAAGCACCUCUACUUCUUCCCCUCUGAUAUAUGUAGGUCUGUAUAUGCUGAGUAUGUCAACAGUCUGGACCUGAAAGGGAUCACGGUGUAUCGCUUCAUGUUGCCACAGUCCAUUUUUGCCUCCCCCACAGUCAACCUGGAUAACAAAUGCUUCUGCACAAAUUAUGAGGUGACCAACAACUGCACCAUGGCAGGAGUUCUGGAUAUCAAAGCGUGUAAAGGUGCUCCGGUGUUUAUCUCCCUCCCUCACUUUCUCCACGGAAGCCCAGAACUGCUGCAAACCGUGAAUGGACUAAAUCCUGAUCCCGAAGAGCACUCCACCUUUCUGGAUGUGGAACCAAUUACAGGCUUUACUCUGAGGGUCUCCAAAAGGCUUCAAGUCAACAUGGUUUAUGGCCCGUCCAAAGAUAUCAAGAUUCUUAACCAAGUGAAGCAAAUCACAAUGUUUCCACUCGUGUGGCUGAACGAGACGGCGUCUCUCGACGACGAGACUGCAGACAUGAUCAAAAGGGAGUUGUUUUCCCGGAUGGGAACGCUGGAGACGGUGCAGAUAGCACUCAUAGCAUCCGGAGCAGUGCUGUUCAUCUUCUGUUUGAUCGGAGUGUGUGUCGUGAAGCAGACGACGGGGAAAAAAGUCUUCUGAGCAACGUCUGACAGGAAAACUGCUUUUGUAUGUUUUUAAAUUUUUUCGAUGUAGCACUUUAUAUUAAUUGUUUAUCUGAAUCUUGUGUGUACAGUAAUUUUGUUUUUGUAUUCUGGAUUAUUUAAUUUUCUUUUCUUUUCUUUUUUUGGCAAAAUUAUCCAGUUGAAUUUUGGGUGUUAAAUCAAAGGCAAAUCAAUUAAAUUUAAGGGAAGUCAAGGCCUAAUGAGAUAACAUUUGAAGAAUCACCUCCAGGAAACUUCUGGAUCAGUCCUGGAUCAGGUUAACCUGCUCAGCUUGUCUUUCCCUUUGCAAAACCUAAUUGGACACGUUAAACCAACACCCCUAAAAAUUAAGGACAUUUGUUUUUAUAAUAUUUUUUCAAUGCUUCUUUUCAGAAUGUCAUCCCAGUUGGCAGUUUCAAUAAAGAAUCUCAAAGUC